AUAUAUAAAAACGCCCUGAUGGUGAUUUGUUCUCACUGCCUCUACUGACCUCCUUCUUGGCUUUCUGUUUCAUUGUAGGCUGUGAAAGAAAGAAACUGCCAACAUGUCUGAGAAGAAGAUGACUUCCAGCCGCAAACACCACCUGAAGAGUUUGGUUCUAUCGGUGGCUGCAACCUGGCUUGAGAAGGAGAAGAAGGAUCUGGUUGUAGCCAAGGAGGCCUACAUGGCUGAGAACUGUCCUGCACCAAACCUCAGUGGAGACCAGGCCACCCUCAUGGAAACCUGCAAAAAGUUACACGCUGUCAUCGACAAAGUGGAUGAAGAGAGAUAUGACUUGGAGGCCAAAGUUGGCAAGGCUGAUAAAGAGAUUGAGGACCUGAAGAUCAAAGUGGUGGAUCUGGCUGGAGUGAAGAAGCCCGCCCUGAAGAAGGUGCGUAUGUCCGCCGACGCCAUGCUGAAGGCUCUGCUGGGCUCCAAACACACGGUCAACCUGGACCUGAGGGCCAACCUGAAGCAGGUCAAGAAGGAGACCAAAGAGGAGCCCACAGAGGCAGUGGGUGACUGGCGUAAGAACAUUGAGGACAAAGCUGACAGGAAGAAGAUGUUUGAGAGCGCUUAAAGAACUGAACUCUACACCUUCAGUUGCUCUGGGCUGUUUACACGCUUCUGAAAUGUCUUACAUUCUUUAUCAAAUCAUCUUUUGUUUCAUAAACGAGUGUGUUUCAGCCUGCUUUUGUUAUUGUACAUUUGUAUAGUGCAUUAAGCAGCAUUAGCUAGAAUGGUUGACCGUCCUCUGGAUGGUGGGUUAUUCAAGCCACAACAUUUUUAGGCAACAAGCAUCCUCGUCUAAGACACCAAACCCAAUACUGUCCCUCAUGUGUUCCUUACUUAUCAAUGUGAGAUUUUAAAAAAUAAAUUGAAUGCAAUAGUUUAGAUGAGUAAAGAUGCCUUUGUUUUACAAUUCCAACUAGCUUUUUUAUGUCAACAUGUUCUGUUUCAUACAUAAUAACUUAUAUUUAAACUCAGUGAGAGACAACACUGUAAAACAGAUGCAUUGGCUACAUUAGGACCCGUGGCAAGGUUUACCAAACUUACCUAAUUUUUCUGUACACCAGUCUAAUGCAUUAAAUGUGUGCCUUUGUAUUUACGGUUCAGUGAAAGCCAACAUUUUAUUGUUGCAGAAUGUUAGGCAUGUUUAUUUGGUAGAACACUCAAUUAUCAAUUUCCUACAACUUUCAACAAAAAUCCAGCACUUUCUGUUUGCUCAUAGCUAACCACGAUACAAAAUGAGACCCUAACCCUCAACCUGGUAAAAUUGUGUAGCGGCUACAGCUUUAUUAGUCUAGUUCACUGUAAUGUUUAAAUACCAGAAUCAAACUGCUGUCAAAGUGCAGAUGUCGGUCAUAAUUACCUUUUAUCCUCAGUAUUUUACCAUGAUAUCAAAUAUAGAAAAGAAUAAAAAAUAGAACGUCCACAA